CGCCGCCGCCGCCGCCGUCGCCGCCGCCGCCGCCGAGCUGGGCCAGGAGGGAGCCGCCCCCCGCGGGGCCGCCGGGCCCUCGGUUUAAAUGUAAGACUGGCUGUUUAGUUCUCCUUCUAAGCCGUAUCGAUCCAACAAGCCACAGAGCCAUAAUGUGGCAAAGCAUCCUUUUUGAGAGGUGAAUAUUACGGAAUGAAAAUGGCUGACAGAGGUGGGAAGAUUGUUCCAGGGCAGGUGUAUAUUGAAGUGGAAUAUGAUUACGAAUACGAAGCGAAGGACAGAAAGGUCGUGAUCAAACAAGGGGAGCGAUAUAUCCUGGUGAAGAAGACCAACGAUGACUGGUGGCAGGUGAAGCUGGAUGAGAACUCCAAAGCGUUUUACGUGCCUGCCCAGUAUGUGAGGGAGGUCGGCCGCAGAGCCCUGAUGCCACCUGUGAAACAGGCAGCGGGGCUGCCGAAUCAUUCUGUGAAAACGAUGCAGAGUCUCCACCUGCAGAGGUCCACAGAAAAUGUGAGCAAAUUGCCCGAGCUUUCAAGUUUUGGAAAGCCGUCGCCGUCUGUGCAAGGAACAGGUCUUACUCGUGAUGCCAAUCAGAAUUUUGGACCCAGUUAUAUUCCAGGUCAGACUGUCAACCUCAGCCUGGACCUGACCCAUAAUAAUGGAAAGUUCAACAGUGACUCACAUUCUCCCAAAGUUUCUGGCCAGAAUAGGACACGGUUAUUUGGUCACUUUCCUGGUCCGGAGUUCUUGGACGUAGAGAAAGCUGGCUUCUCCCAGGAACAGUCUUGUGAUUCAGCAGGAGAAGGCUCGGAACGGAUACAUCACGAUUCAGAGUCUGGUGAUGAGCUUAGCAGCAGCUCCACUGAGCAGAUAAGGGCGACAACACCUCCAAAUCAAGGGCGGCCAGAUUCUCCUGUCUACGCUAACCUGCAAGAACUGAAAAUAUCCCAGUCGGCUCUCCCCCCGAUCCCUGGAAGCCCAGCAAUUCAGAUUAAUGGAGAAUGGGAAACUCAUAAAGAUAGUUCAGGGCGUUGUUAUUACUAUAACAGAGGAACACAGGAAAGAACUUGGAAACCCCCUCGUUGGACUCGAGAUACAAACAUAAGCAAAGGAGAUUCCCAGAGUCCAGGAGAUCAAGAGCUUCUUUCAUCAGAAGAAAACUACCACAGCGUUUGUUACAGCCAGUCAGAUAGUCAGUGUGGUUCUCCUCCAAGGGGUUGGUCAGAAGAGCUGGAUGAACAUGGGCAUACCUUGUAUACCAGUGACUGUACCAAUGAAAAGUGGCUCAAGCAUGUUGACGAUCAAGGUAGACAAUAUUACUACAGUGCAGAUGGAUCUCGGUCAGAAUGGGAGUUGCCAAAGUAUAAUGCCUCAUCUCAGCAGCAAAGAGAAAUUAUUAAAAGUAGGAGUCUGGACAGGCGGCUGCAAGAACCAAUAGUGCUGACAAAGUGGAGACAUAGCACCAUUGUGCUGGACGCCAAUGACAAGGAAUCUCCAACUGCCUCAAAACCCUGCUAUCCUGAAAAUGAGUCUUCUCCCUCUUCACCAAAGAACCAAGAUACAGGUCAAGAGAAAUAUGGAUUAUUAAAUGUAACAAAAAUUACUGAAAAUGGGAAAAAGGUUCGAAAGAACUGGUUGUCUUCUUGGGCCGUGUUGCAGGGUUCAUCUUUACUGUUUACCAAAACUCAAGGAAGUAGCACAAGUUGGUUUGGGAGUAAUCAGUCCAAACCAGAGUUCACGGUGGACCUUAAGGGGGCAACAAUUGAGAUGGCUUCAAAGGAUAAAUCCAGCAAAAAGAAUGUAUUUGAGCUGAAAACCCGUCAAGGGACCGAACUGCUGAUUCAGUCUGAUAAUGAUGCUGCUAUCAAUGAGUGGUUUAAAGUUCUUAGUAGCACUAUCAGUAAUCAGACAGUAGAACCCGAUGAAGCGAUUGAGGAGGACGUACCAGAUUCACCAGGAAUAGAAAAGCACGAUAAAGAAAAGGACCAUAAGGAUCUGAAGAAAUCGCGUUCCACGAAGGUAUCUAGCAUAGAUUCUUCAGAACAGAAAAAAACCAAGAAAAACUUAAAGAAAUUUCUUACACGACGCCCCACUUUGCAAGCUGUUCGUGAAAAAGGUUAUAUUAAAGAUCAGGUAUUUGGAGCCAAUCUUGCUAAUCUGUGUCAGAGAGAGAAUGGCACCGUGCCAAAAUUUGUGAAAUUGUGCAUUGAACAUGUUGAGCAAUAUGGGUUGGAUGUUGAUGGGAUUUAUAGAGUUAGUGGCAACCUUGCAGUGAUCCAGAAGCUGAGGUUUACAGUCAAUCAUGAUGAGAAAUUGGACUUGAAGGAUAGUAAAUGGGAAGAUAUUCAUGUCAUCACUGGAGCACUGAAAAUGUUUUUUCGAGAAUUACCAGAACCUCUCUUUACAUUUAAUCAUUUUAAUGAUUUUGUUAAUGCAAUUAAACAAGAACCAAGACAGCGUGUCUCCGCUGUGAAGGAUCUAAUCAAACAGUUGCCAAAGCCUAAUCAGGACACAAUGCAGACUCUGUUUAGACAUCUCAAAAGAGUGAUAGAAAACGGAGAGAAAAACAGAAUGACGUAUCAGAGUAUAGCAAUUGUGUUCGGUCCUACUCUGUUAAAGCCAGAGAAGGAGACUGGCAACAUAGCAGUUCAUACCGUCUACCAGAAUCAGAUUGUAGAGUUAAUUCUUCUCGAGGUAAAUUCCAUCUUCGGACGUUGACUCUUACUGAAGAGAACCUGUGGAAUAGAAGCCGGAUUUCAUCAGAUUCCAAGUCCUUACACCUGAUGUAUUUUAUGUUUGGACCAAGCAGUGACUCUUUGAUUUUGCACUUUUCUGAGGGACCGGAAGGGAAUGGGAGAGUCCAGAUGUGUGAUAGGCCCUCAUAUUUGCUGCUCUGUUGCAAGUUGAUAGAACUGUGUGUACGUUUGAAUUAAUUUUAUCCUGAAUGUUUGCAUUUCAUACUCUGAAUUCCAGUAAAAAUCAAAACUUGCGAUUCUAACCAGUCAUAUACACUGGAUAAUUCGGUAAGAAUACUACAUUUUUUCUCCUCAAACUGGAUGACGUAGAAUUUCUUCUCAUGAUUCAAUAGGUUGAUCACUCGAUAGAACAAUACUUACUAUCACCUAUUUUGAAAACGCUCCUGGGCAUUUUAAACAAAAUGAAGUAUAUCUGUUUUGAAACCUGUGUUGUUUUUUUUCGGGGUUUCUGCAUGCAGUGGCAGUCUGAUUGCUAGGACCCAUUAUAACCCAGAUGCGAUCCCUCGAUGAAGGCUUGCUGUCUUCACGGAGUAGCACAGCAGCAUACUAACAGCACUUAAAACACUGUGAUAUACUGGAGUUUAAUUUAGCAUAAGCCGGUUCAGGGUAUUUUGGGGCUGUCUGUGCUACACUGACUUGUAGCUAACAGUCCUAAUCUACCUAGUGCCAUACUGAGUUCUUGGUAUGAUCCUGUGGAAACCAAUGUUGUUUGAUGUAAAUACAGGCUAAAGACUCACUGUCCUUUAGCUUAUGUAUAUAAUUGUGUUAUAUAGUCUCAGAGUACAUUCUAACCUCUCAUUUCUAAUCACGAUAUUGGUAAUUCUCCGUGAAUAUUAGGGUUCCUCCAGAAAUAGGCCGUUAUUUGAGAAAGUUAACUGUGUGCACUUUUAGAUUUUAAUUACAUUUACAGGCAAAUCACUGUAAUGCAAAUGGUACUGGAACAAUGCUGAAUAGACUUGCUAAAUGGUAAAUGCACUACAAGAGGAACCUUUUAGAUUAUUUAAUAUGUACAGAAUACAUUAGAAAAAAUUUAUUACAGAAUUCUAACUGCAGUACGAAUAGUGGAAACCCAUAUGUAAAUUAGAGGGAAGUCAGAUCGAAAAUGACAUGGCUAAAUUUGAGAAUUUCUUUUUGCAUUACUAUUGUAGAUUGGUUUGUAUAAUAAAACAGGGUUUGGAAGGUUUUGUUACAGAGAGCAUGGUCUGCUGAAGAUUUUUUAAAAUGUAUUUUUCUAGAUUAACUGCUGUAUAUGAAAUGUCUAAUCCGAAUAAAGAAAACUAUAAGAGGUUUAGAGAUUUUUCCAUUGGAAAUGUGUAUUUUGGUUUAUAAUUUUGUUUUGUUUUUGCAUUUACUGGCACACUCUUAUAAUACCUCAUUUUUAAAAAAUCAACUGAAUCCAGUACUUCCUGUGGCAAAUGUUUUCCUCGUUUCACACCUUUUGUGUUCCCUGCCAUGCCAGUGCCUCUGCCACCCACCCCUCCCACC